CCGCCACCAUCAUGUCCGGCAUCCUAUCCGCUCUCAUUCCCGACGCUCCGGGCUACCUCCCCUACUGGCAACUCCUCGUCUCCGUCACUGCAAUCAUCAAUGGCCUGCAGAACUUUUUCUCCAUGAAGGCCGCCCGCAAAAUCUACAAUAACGUAGCUACUAAUGAACCUGUGACGCCUCUACAAGCGCGCACCUUUGGGAUCUGGACCCUCACUUCGGGCGUAGUGCGAUGGUAUUGCGCGUACAACAUCCACCAGAAGGUCGUUUACGACAUGACACUUUUCACUUACCUCCUCGCCUUUGCUCACUUCUCCCUGGAGCUGCUUGUCUUCCGCUCCGCCAAGCCCAACCCAGGUUCCAUGAGCCCUGUUGUCGUCUCAACAUCAUCCCUCAUAUGGAUGCUCACGCAGUACGACUUUUACGUUCGCAAGUAGAGAAUGCACGCUUCAAAGCGUGUGAGGCUGGGUUUCAGAGCCAGGCUUUUCCGCGGGUUUCCUCGCGCGUGCGUCUGCCCCUGCUAUGAGCGUAAUGGGACCGGCGAAACGCCCCCUACCAGGACCCUGGAUGGCCUGACGGCCAUUUUCGUUUGGCACAUCCCCCUGGCACAAAAUGAAAAGACCUUCAUGGAUCA